AUGGAGUGGCAACGUUCCGGUAGGAAGCUAUUUAGAGGUUUAACACCCAAAUGGGACUGCUUCCCAUAUGGAGGGAGACAAUCGAAUCCUGGAGAAAAGCUUUCCUCGUUUUAUUUUUCGGCUUUUCCGGACAGAUGCAAGGCAAUAGGUAUGUUCAAGCUUUUUGGCUGCGUGGGGGAGGUGGUGGAGGUGGUGAUACCUCCUAGACGGAACAAGUUCGGCAGACGGUUCGGUUUUGCUAGGUUCAAAGAAGUGAUGGAUGAGAGAUUGGUUGCAGUGAGGUUAGACAACAUUUUGAUAGAUGGGGUUAAAAUACAUGUCAAUCAACCUAGGUUUCAAAGAAAUGGGAGGAAGGAGAGUUUUGUGGUUGAACAGAAGCAGGUGAAGGGCACUGAGAAGGUUUUUCCGGGUUUCACAAACCGCUGGGUGGAGAAGGCUAAGACUUUUGCGGACGUUGUUCAGGGAGGUAGUAAAAAGGAUGGACCAGAAACGAAGGAAGCUUUUUUCGAAUUUACUGCUAGUGAAGAGCUUAAGAGGAGAUGGAAGAAGGCCUACGUCGGAGAAGUUUUAUUCCCUGGUGAAUCUUAUAACAUCCAGACUCAUCUAGAAAUUGAAGGCUUCUUUUCGAUUAAGGUAUUCCCGUUGGGAGCCAACUUGUGUAUUCUUGAGGAGAUGGAGGAAGGGUUGAUUAAAGAAUUGAUAGAGGAAGGGAAGUGGUGGUGGCAACAGUGGUUCAAAAAUAUUAAACCUUGGCAAGAAAAAGAUAUUGAUGAGGCAAGGGUUGUGUGGAUCAGAGUAUAUGGGGUUCCUUGUCAUGCUUGGAGCAAUGAUUUCUUUGUUUCCUUAGCAAACAGAUUGGGAGUGUUCAUUUGCCUGGAUGAAAACACUAUGACGGGUUGUAACAUGGACAUUGCUCGGUUAAUGGUUAGGGUUGAUUCAAGGUUCAUUUUACCAGAGACUUUGAAGGUUGUUAUCGAUGAUGUUCCCUUCACUCUUAAUCUGCGGGAGGACUCAUUUGGUCCUUUAAGGAUUAAUGCUCAAAAGGUGGCUGACCAGGUUUUGGGCUCAUCAUCUUCCUCGAGUUAUGCGGGAUCUAUGAACGAUGAAGUGAGGGAAGAUGGAGAUGUUAACUCCGAAGUUUUUUUGGAAUCUAAGGUGGGAUCGGAGGACUCCAUUGGGGUGGAAGUGGAAGAUCUAAAACAGAUGGAGGAGGCGGCGGCUGCAAACAGAGUAGCUGCUAGAGUUGUUUCUGAGUUAUCUGAAAGUUCUGACAGCUUUUUGGGGGAUGAACCAAAUGAAGGAUAG